CUCACAUACAAAUUUCACCUACUCUUUUGCACUAUGAAAAUGCUUUUUCUUUAUCUUAAACAUAAGCAUGGGGAGAAUGAUUAUAUUAUUAUACAUUCAUCAUCUUCUUAACUCUCUAUUUUCUUCGUGACUAUUAACUAUCGAUCACUCUCUCCCUCUCUUUCUCUUUCUUCUCUCUUUGUCUAAACGGUCUGAUUGCAUUAGACAAAGAAGAAAACGGAAUGCAAAAGAUGAGAGGUUCAGGGUAUAGGGUUCUUGUCUUGUUUUCUUGUUUCUUCUGUCAAUCCAGAGGAGCUAUUGUUCCUGCACUCAUCAUGUUCGGUGAUUCCAUUGUUGACGUUGGCAACAACAAUAACUUACUCAGCAUUGUCAAAUCCAACUUUCCUCCUUAUGGCAGAGACUUCAUCGACCAAAGACCCACCGGAAGAUUCUGCAACGGGAAACUGGCUGUAGAUUUCUCGGCUGAGUACCUUGGUUUCUCUUCAUACCCACCUGCAUUCCUAAGCCGAGAAGCAAGAAACGAGAAUUUCUCGAUUGGCGCCAACUUUGCAUCAGCUUCUUCAGGAUACUAUGAUGCCACGUCUGUUCCAUUUGGCGCGAUCUCCUUAACACGACAGCUAAGCUAUUACAGGGCGUAUCAAAACAGAGUAACAAGCAUGAUCGGGAGGGAGAACGCACGCAGGCUAUUCUCUAAAGGAAUCCACAUUUUGAGCGCGGGAUCUAGCGACUUUCUUCAGAACUAUUACAUCAAUCCUCUACUCAACAUCCUAAAUACACCUGAUCAGUUCUCUGACAUUCUCAUGAGAUCCUACUCAGAAUUCAUCCAGAAUCUGUAUGAACUAGGAGCAAGGAGAAUUGGAGUGAUAUCGUUACCGCCGAUGGGUUGCCUGCCUGCAGCUAUCACUCUUUUCGGUGCAGGAAACAAAAGUUGUGUCGAGAGACUGAACAACGAUGCUGUCAUGUUUAACACCAAACUUGAGACCACAACCCAAUUAUUGAUGAAUAGACACUCAGGCCUCAAGCUCGUUGCCUUUGAUGUCUACCAACCUUUCCUGGACAUCAUCACCAACCCAAUUGACAAUGGUACGAGCCUGCCAUAUGCAAAUUUUAAAUCCUUAUUAACCUUGAAACCAUGAUAGAGUGAGCUACUC